CUCAUCAAAGGAGGAGAAGAAGAAGAAGCAGCCGCUCAUCUGAUCAGGAAGUAAACAAUGUUUGGCGCUAAACUUCCUUCCUUGUUGUUUCUCUACAACUUUCCUCUGCUUUUGGAAAUAUGGCGAGUUUCCCACAGAAAAUAAAAACGAGCAUACCGGAAGAAACCAAGAACAGUCUGACUGAAAAAGAUUUGCAGAAGUGGGGUUUGCAAGGGAUUCAGUUGCGAGCCUAUCAGCUGGACGGAGUGCAGUGGCUCACUCAGUGCCUGGCCAACCAGCAGGGAUGUAUCCUAGGAGAUGAGAUGGGCCUGGGCAAGACCUGCCAGACCAUCUCUCUGCUAUUGUACAUGAGAGGGGCCCUGCGGCAGGACGGCCCGUUCCUGGUCCUCAGCCCACUGUCUGUCAUGGACAACUGGAGGAGCGAGAUGAAAUGCUUAUCCCCCUGUCUCAAGGUGCUGUGUUACUCUGGAGACAAAGACAAGAGAGCAGAGCUGCAAAGGGACAUGAACAACACGCACUACCAUGUUUUGCUAACUACAUAUGAGCUCUGUAUCAAAGAUGCCUCAUUCCUGAAAAGGAGGAAGUGGAAAAUCUUGGUAGUUGAUGAGGCUCACAGAUUGAAGAACCAAAACUCCCUGUUGCACAAAAUCCUGAUGGAGUUCUCUCUGGAUUUCAGAGUGCUGCUGACAGGAACUCCUAUCCAGAACAACCUGACGGAGCUUUACAGCCUCCUGUCGUUCGUCCAGCCCAGUCUCUUCCCCAUAGACCAGACCGAGGACUUCACUAACACUUACAACCAGGUCCAGACACAACCGACUCUAGCCAGUGAUCUCCAGAGAGUGCUGCAGCCCUUCCUGCUGAGGAGGGUAAAGGCUGAGGUAGCAGCUGACCUCCCCGUGAAGACAGAGAUCCUGAUGUACCACGGCCUGUCUGCCCUGCAGAAGAGAUAUUAUAAAGCUAUACUCAUGAAAGACCUGUAUGCCUUCGGGAAUGAGCAGGGCAACAAGACCAGACUGCUUAAUAUACUGAUGCAGCUCCGGAAGUGUGUGGACCACCCCUACCUGUUUAAUGGUGUGGAACCAGAGCCGUUUGAGAUGGGAGAGCAUCUGAUCCAGGCUAGUGGGAAACUCUGUCUGCUGGACAGCAUGCUGGCAUACCUGCACCAAGGGGGACAUCAUAUCUUGCUGUUUUCCCAGAUGACCAGGAUGCUGGACAUUCUCCAGGACUACAUGGAAUACAGAGGUUACAGCUAUGAGCGUCUGGAUGGAUCAGUCAGGGGGGAAGAGCGUAACCUGGCCAUUAAGAACUUCAGCAGCAAAGACGUCUUUGUGUUUCUACUCAGCACUAAAGCAGGAGGCGUUGGGAUGAACCUAACAGCAGCUGAUACUGUGAUCUUCAUUGACUCUGACUUCAACCCCCAGAAUGACCUGCAGGCUGCCGCUCGCUGCCACCGGAUUGGUCAGACCAGGGCUGUGAAGGUGAUCCGGCUCCUGGGGAGGGAUACGGUAGAGGAGAUUGUGUACUCCCGGGCGGUUUCUAAGCUCCGCCUUACCAACACAGUGAUAGAAGAGGGGCGUUUUUCUCUGCUAAACCACACCCACUCUGCUGCUGCUGCCGGUCUGCAGCUCAGUGAGAUCCUGAAGUUUGGAGUGGACAAGCUGCUGUCGUCAGAAGAAAGCUCCAUCCAGGCUGUGAACCUGGGUCUGAUCCUGGGUCAGUCUAGAGACGGGGAGUGGCUGACUGAUGAAGCCCCCACCCAGACCAAGGACCUGCCCACAGAAGAGGAAGAGGAGGAGGAAUCUGAGGGACAGAACCACAUGUACUACUUUGAAGGGAGGGACUAUUCCCGGGAGAUGAGCUCUGAGGACCAGAGGACCUUCAGUCGUCUCCAGGAGGAGGAGGCAGGAGGAGGAGGAGGAGGAGAGAGACGGGCGACACGACACAACGAUGAAGUGUGUCUGUCUGGGCCCCUGUUGGCCCCCAUGAGGAAGAGGAAGGCCUUGACUGAGACUGACCUGAAAGAGAGGGAGGAGGCUGCAGCUAAGAGGGCCAGAUUACAGGAGGACAAGAGGAGGAGACUACAGGAGAACAAACACAGGAAGAAAAUGGCAUGGUGGGAGUCCAAUGGGUACAGGUCCCUGUGUUUACCCUCUGUGGAGAGCGAGGAGGAGGAAGAGGAAGAGGAGGAAGCUGAUGACCUCAGCGUGACCUCUACAGAUUCAGAACACUCUGCUAUUAGUUACGUGUUGGGUGAUGUCACACACCCUUACGGCAACCAGGACGACGCCAUCAUAGUGCACUGUGUUGAUGACUCCGGCCGUUGGGGUAGAGGUGGUCUCUUCACAGCGUUGGAGAACAGGUCAGAUGAACCGCGUAGACAAUACGAGCUGGCUGGAAAGAUGAAAGACUUGAAGCUGGGAUCUGUGUUGCUGUUCCCUGUUGAUGAUAAACAGUCCAGACUGGAUGGCCAAGACCAGGUGGCCCUGAUGUGUCUGUCUGUCUGUCCCCAGGUGGCCCUGAUAGUGGCUCAGCACAGAGCCAGAGACAACAGCCUGUCAGGGAUCCAUCUCUCUGCUCUGGAAGAAGGACUCCAGAAAAUCUACAGGGUCGCCAAGACUAACAAGGCCGGCGUCCACCUCCCCCGUAUCGGCCACUCCACCAGAGGGUUUAACUGGUAUGGAACAGAGAGACUCAUCAGGAAACACCUGGCCUCCAGGGGGGUACACACCUCUAUAUACUACUACAGCAGGUCUGUCUCUACCUCUGCUUUAGGUAUGUCCACAACACCCUCCAUAGCAUCAGCCUCAGCCCCAACCUCCAAGGCCUCAGCCCCAACCUCCAAGGCCUCAGCCUCAACCUCCAAGGCCUCAGCCUCAACCUCCAAGGCCUCCGUCUCGUUAUCCCCCUCUCCUCCACACUCCCCCCCAGUGCCACAGUAUCCUGGCCCUGACUCAGACAGGGAGAGUGAGGAAGGAGAGACGGCCAAUCAGAGCUCAGACAGAGGGAGUGAGGAAGGAGAGACAGCCAAUCAGAGCAGCAGGACCCCCAGCCCCGCUGAUCCUGCUCUGCCUGACUUCAUGAGAGGAGUUCAUGUGUUCUUCUACAACCUGACAGCCUCAGACAGGAAGAGACUGGCCCGCUACCUCAUCACAUAUGAAGGAGAUGAGGAGGAGAUCAUGAGUUCAGAGGUCACACACAUUGUAACAGAGUUGGAGAGUCCUGUCCAAUCACAGGAGCUCCAGGAGCUGAUUGUUCAGCACCCUCAUGCACUUCCUGUUCAGAAGACCUGGCUGGAGGCCUGCUUCUCUAGACAGAGACAAGUCAACACCACCAAGUUCCUGCACUGCUUUAAAUGAGGUGUCUCUCCAGUACAAUAACACACAGCUGAUGUGAGCCUGCAGGGGCCAUGGAUCAAUCCCUUUCUCCCGCUACAAUACCACUUUAAUACUUAAAAUACUCAACUGAUUACAAUCAAGUACAGAACGUUCCUUUACUCUGCUUUUUAUUUGUAUAAAUUAUUUUAAUAUGACAUUUAUUUUGGUAGUUGCAGGUAGCCUAGUGGUUAGAGCAUUGGACCAGUAACUGAAAGGUUGCUGGCUCAAAUCCCUGAGCUGACAAGGUAAAAAUCUGUCAUUCAGCCCCUGAACAAGGCGGUUAACCCACUGUUAACGGUUAACCCACUGUUCCCCGGGUGCCGAAGACGUGAAUGUCAAUUAAGGCAGCCCUCCUCUCUGAUUCAGAGGGGUUGAGUUAAAUGCAUUCACUUGUACAACUGACUAGGUAUCUCCCUUUCCUUAUCAUUAGGCGUUGUGUAUAUCAGUGGUUCCCAAC